AUGGCGACAACUCCCGCCCGUGCUUUCGAAGCCCUCAUGCAUGGAGUGACCAGCUGGAAUGUCCCCAAAGGCCCCAUCCCAUGUGAACUGCUUCUUACUGGAGAGGCCUCCUUCCCAGUGAUGGUGAAUGACAAGGGCCAGGUCCUCAUUGCUGCCUCCUCCUAUGGCCGAGGCCGCCUGGUGGUGGUGUCCCAUGAGGGCUACCUGCUGAAUGCUGGCUUGGCUCCAUUUCUUCGUAACGCGGUGGGUUGGCUCUGUCCCUCACCUGGGGCUCCCACUGGAGUGCACCCAUCCCUGACGUCACUAGUAAGUAUCCUGCAGGGCUGUGGGGUUCAGGCACAAGUUCAGCCAGAAGUGGGGGCCCCCGUGGGGGUUUACUGCAUCGAUGCCUACAAUGAUACGAUGACUGCAGAGCUGAUCCAGUUUGUGAAAUGUGGAGGCGGCUUGCUCAUCGGGGGCCAAGCCUGGCAUUGGGCCAGUCAGCAUGGUCCUGACAACAUGCUGUCCAGGUUCCCCGGGAACCAGGUGACAAGUGUGGCUGGAGUGUACUUCACCGACAUCUAUGGGGACACAGGCCGGUUCAAGGUCUCUAAGAAGAUACCCAAGAUCCCGCUCCACGUCAGGUGUGGGGAUGAUCUCAGGCAGGAUCAGCAGCAGCUCCUGGAAGGGAUCUCAGAGCUGGACAUCGAGACGGGAGGAGUCCCCUCGCAGCUGCUGGUGCACGGGGCCCUCGCCUUCCCUCUGGGGUUAGACGCCUCGCUCGGCUGCUUCCUGGCAGCUGCCCACUAUGGCCGGGGCCGGGUGGUCCUGGCUGCCCAUGAGGCCAUCCUCUGUGCACCCAAACUGGGGCCCUUUUUGCUCAAUGCUGUGCGCUGGCUGGCCAGAGGCCAGACGGGCAAAUUGGGGGUGAACACACAUCUAAAAAACCUGUGUGCCCUCCUGUCAGAGCGUGGCCUGGAGUGCAGUCUGCAGCCCCAUCUGACGCAUGACUUGCGUGUCUACUGCUGUAUGGCUUACAGUGACCAGGAGGCUAAGCAGCUGCAGGAGUUUGUGGCCGAGGGUGGGGGCUUGCUGAUUGGGGGCCAGGCCUGGUGGUGGGCCUCCCAGAACCCAGGCCGCUCUGCUUUGGCUGGUUUCCCCGGUAACGUUAUCCUCAACGGCUUAGGCCUCAGCAUCCUAGCUCAGACCCUCGAUGCAGGCUGUUUCCCUGUCCCUACCCCCGAGAUGCGGAGCUACCACUUCCGCAAGGCGCUGUCCGAUUUCCAGGCUGCACUGAGCCAUGGGGCUGGGAACUUGGAAAAGCACUGGCUGGCAAAGCUGGGAGCAGAUGGCGCAGCCUUCCUACAGAUCCCUGCAGAGGGGGUCCCUGCUUACAUAUCCUUGCACCGACUCCUGAGUAAGAUGCUGCAUCUGUCAGGCCUCCCAGCUGUGAGCCAGGAGCACCCUGUGGCUGGUGACUCCUUUGAGGCUACACUGCUCUGCCUGGCCACGGAGCUGGCACACUCUGGGACUGGCUGCUCCCAGCUGGUGCAGGAGCUUGGAACCUGGACCUGCAGCUCAGGACACCCCAUCACUGUGGAGAUCGAUGGGAGCAACCCAGGCCACUGUGAUGCCUGGGUGAGCACCGGGCUCUACCUCCCAGGUGGACAGAGUGCAGAAGUCUUACUGUCUGAAGCCACAGCCUCUGCUGGCCUGAAGGUACAGAUUGGCUGCCACACUGAUAACUUGGCCAAGGCCAGCAAGCUGUCUCGAGCCCCCGUGGUGACUCAUCAGUGCUGUAUGGACAGGACCAUACUACCCAUCUCCUGCCUCUGGGGUGGCCUUCUCUAUGUCAUCGUGCCAAAGGGCAGCAAACUGGGCCCCAUAUCUGUCACCAUCAAGAGGGCUGUGCCCGCCCCGUACUACAAGCUGGGUAAGACAUCUCUGGAGGACUGGAAGAACUGUAUCCAGGAGAGCCUGGCUCCCUGGGGAGAGCUGGCAACAGACAAUAUCAUCUUGACGGUGCCGACUGCAAACCUGCGAGCCCUGGAGGACCCCGAGCCGGUGCUCCACCUCUGGGAUGAGAUGAUGCAUGCGAUAGCCCAGCUAGCAGCCCGGCCUUUCCCUUUCUGCUGUCCCGAGAGGAUUGUUGCUGAUGUGCAGAUCUCAGCUGGCUGGAUGCACUCAGGAUACCCCAUCAUGUGCCACCUGGAGUCGGUGCAAGAGCUCAUCAAUGAGGCAGACAUGAGGAGCACGGGUCUGUGGGGACCCAUCCAUGAGCUGGGUCACAACCAGCAGCAACAAGAGUGGGAGUUCCCACCACACACCACUGAGGCUACCUGCAACCUCUGGUCUGUCUAUGUGCAUGAAACGGUCCUGGGCAUCCCCAGGGCUAAGGCCCACCCUGCUCUGAGCCCUCCAGAACGAAAGCAGAGAAUCAUAACGCACCUGGGAAAGGGAGCGCCCCUGCAUGACUGGAAUGUGUGGACAGCUCUGGAAACAUACCUACAGCUCCAGGAGGCCUUUGGGUGGGAGCCAUUCAUCCAGCUCUUUGCUGAGUACCAAACGCUUUCUGGCAUCCCCAAAGACAAGGAUGGCAAGAUGAAUCUGUGGGCGAAGAAGUUCUCUGAAAAGGUGCAGAAGAAUCUGGCUCCAUUCUUUGAGGCCUGGGGCUGGCCUGUCCAGAAGGAAGUGGCGAACAGCCUGGCCUGUUUGCCUGAGUGGCAGGAAAACCCCAUGCGGGUGUACAUGCAUCCUCAGAAGUAA